AUAAACCCGGGUCAUGAACCGAACAAAUGAAGAUAGGAACGGCUUUUCACUCAAAGAUCCUUCUUCACUUUCACUCGCCGCCUGCUACACCGCCGCGAAAGUAUUCUCCGCUCUCAUUUCAUCAACCAAUCUUCUCCUUCCACCACACAAAUCUUAACCUACGCUCAGGGAGACGGAAUUUAGUGUUGCGUUCUCAGAAUCUGGAUUUCAAGGUUGACGAGGAACUAAUGGAUUUGAAGAAAGAUUCAUUGGAAUUAAAUAGGAAUCUUUACCCGGCAAUAGAGCCAUAUAGUACGGGUUUCUUGAAGGUUUCUGAUCUUCACAGCAUAUACUGGGAGCAGUCUGGUAAUCCCAGUGGGCAUCCUGUUGUUUUUCUCCAUGGAGGUCCAGGGGGUGGAACUUCACCAAGUAACAGGAGAUUCUUUGAUCCUGAGUUCUACCGGAUCAUUCUAUUUGAUCAGAGAGGUGCGGGUAAAAGUACCCCCCAUGCUUGCUUGGAGGAGAAUACUACGUGGGACCUUGUUGCGGAUAUUGAAAAACUAAGAGAGCACUUGGAAAUCCCAGAAUGGCAGGUCUUUGGUGGAUCGUGGGGUAGCACACUUGCUCUUGCAUAUAGCCAAUCACAUCCCGACAAGGUUACUGGCUUGGUCCUCAGAGGGAUAUUUUUAUUGAGGAAGAAGGAAAUUGAUUGGUUUUAUGAGGGUGGUGCUGCUGCAAUAUUUCCCGAUGCAUGGGAGCCUUUCAGAGAUUUGAUUCCCGAAAAUGAAAGAAAUUGCCUAGUUGAGGCAUACCACAAGAGAUUAAAUUCCGAUGAUCCCGAAACACAAAAUGCAGCAGCUAAGGCAUGGACCAAAUGGGAAAUGAUGACUGCUCAUCUUCUCCCUAAUGAAGAAAACGUAAAGAGAGGAGAUGAUGACAACUUUUCGCUGGCAUUUGCAAGGAUCGAGAACCACUACUUUAUCAACAAGGGAUUCUUCCCUUCGGAUUCUUUCCUGCUAGACAAUCUUGAAAAGAUACAGCACAUCAAAACCAUGAUUGUUCAGGGUAGAUAUGAUGUUUGCUGUCCCAUGAUGUCAGCUUGGGAUCUUCAUAAGGCUUGGCCCGAGGCUGAACUCACAGUUGUUCGUGAUGCGGGGCAUUCUGCAAAUGAACCCGGAAUAGCAGCAGAGCUUGUGGCUGCAAAUGAAAAGCUGAAAAACAUUCUGAAAGGUAUAGCCUGAACUCACAUCUUUCAGCUGACCUGGAGCCUCAGAUGAUAUUGCAGAUUAUUCUCAGUCCAUGCUCUGAAGAUCAAAGGGAACUUUAGUUCAUUUGUUCUUGAUGAUUCUCUCUUAAAAGAUUGAGAUUGCAUGAAGAAUAUUAUAAAUAGUUUCCCUUUAGGCUAAAAUCAUUAAUCUGUUUUCAAAUACUUUUUAUCAAUAUCUAAUGAAUCUGUUUUUGGCUCA